GCCUCCGUGAAGGCCCCGCCCCGCGCCUCAGGACCGGCGGGGCCGGGCGCAUCCCGCGGCGGCGGUGGCGGCGGCGGGCACAAGAUGAUGAAGUUUCGGUUCCGGCGGCAGGGUGCCGAUCCGCAGCGCGAGAAGCUCAAGCAGGAGCUCUUCGCCUUCCACAAGACUGUGGAGCAUGGCUUCCCCAACCAGCCCAGUGCCUUGGCCUUCGACCCCGAGCUUCGCAUCAUGGCUAUCGGCACCAGGUCUGGGGCUGUUAAGAUCUAUGGUGCACCUGGCGUGGAAUUCACAGGCCUGCAUCGGGACACAGCCACCGUCACCCAGAUGCACUUCCUGCCUGGUCAGGGCCGCCUCUUGACACUGCUGGAUGACAGCAGCUUGCAUCUGUGGGAGAUCGUCCAUCAUAGUGGCUGUGCCCACCUGAAGGAAGGGCUCAGCUUCCAGCCACCCAGCCGGCCCGCUUUUGACAGUGCCAGCGCCCCUGCCAGUUUGACCCGUGUCACUGUGGUCCUGCUGGUAGCUGGCAACACAGUGGCCCUGGGAACUGAGAGUGGCAGCAUUUUCUUCCUGGAUGUUGCGACCCUGACACUGCUUGAGGGGCAGACUCUCAGCCCAGAUGAGGUUCUGCACAGUGUGCCCGAUGAUUACCGUUGUGGGAAGGCCUUGGGCCCUGUGGAAUCGCUCCAGGGACAUCUGCAAGACCCCACCAAGAUCCUCAUAGGCUAUAGUCGGGGCUUACUGGUCAUCUGGAGCCAGGCUACACAGUGUGUGGAUCGCAUUUUCCUGGGGAACCAGCAGCUGGAGAGCCUGUGUUGGGGGCGUGGUGGCAGCACCGUUAUCAGCUCACACAGUGAUGGCAGCUAUGCCAUCUGGCCCACAGACACUGGCAGCCCCCCAACGCUGCAGCCCACUGUAGUGACCACACCCUAUGGCCCUUUCCCCUGCAAGGCCAUCAACAAGAUUCUGUGGCGGAGCUGUGAGUCAGGAGACCACUUCAUCAUCUUCAGUGGCGGCAUGCCUCGUGCCAGCUAUGGUGACCGCCACUGUGUGAGUGUGCUGCGAGCAGAGACACUGGUGACCCUGGACUUCACCUCCCGCGUCAUUGACUUCUUCACAGUGCACAGCACACAACCUGAGGAUGAGUUUGACAACCCCCAGGCCCUAGCUGUGCUUCUGGAGGAGGAGCUGGUGGUGCUGGACCUGCAGACACCAGGCUGGCCAGCUGUGCCUGCCCCUUACCUGGCCCCACUGCAUUCAUCAGCCAUCACUUGCUCUGCCCAUGUUGCUAAUGUCCCCAGCAAGCUGUGGGCCCGCAUCGUAAGAGCUGGUGAGCAGCAGAGCCCACAGCCUGCCUCCAGUGCCUUGAGCUGGCCCAUUACUGGGGGCCGGAACUUGGCUCAGGAACCCUCUCAGCGUGGGCUGCUCCUGACCGGCCAUGAGGAUGGCACUGUACGGUUCUGGGAUGCUUCUGGUGUGGCGCUAAGGCCACUCUACAAACUGAGCACAGCUGGCCUCUUCCAGACGGAUUGUGAGCAUGCUGACAGCCUGGCUCAGGCCGUGGAGGAUGACUGGCCGCCCUUCCGAAAGGUGGGCUGCUUUGAUCCCUACAGUGAUGAUCCACGGCUGGGGAUACAGAAGGUUGCACUUUGCAAGUACACAGCCCAGAUGGUGGUGGCUGGCACUGCAGGCCAGGUGCUGGUGCUGGAGCUCAGUGAUGUGCCGGCAGAGCAGGCCGUCAGUGUGGCCAGUGUGGAUCUCCUUCAGGAUCGUGAGGGCUUCACGUGGAAGGGCCAUGAGCGGCUGAGCCCGCACCCAGGGCUGCUGCCUUGGCCUGCCGGAUUCCAGCCCCGCAUGCUGGUGCAGUGCCUACCGCCCGCUGCCGUCACCGCCGUCACCCUCCACGCUGAGUGGAGCCUCGUGGCCUUUGGGACCAGUCACGGCUUUGGCCUUUUUGACUACCAGCGCAAGAGCCCUGUGCUGGCCAGGUGUACCCUUCACCCCAAUGACUCUUUGGCCAUGGAGGGGCCACUGUCACGGGUGAAGUCCCUCAAGAAGUCAUUGCGACAGUCAUUCCGGCGUAUCCGUAAGAGCCGUGUCUCUGGCAAGAAACGGUCUACUCCUGCCAGUAGCAAGUUGCAGGAGGCCAACGCACAGCUGGCAGAGCAGACUUGCCCACACGAUGUGGAGAUGACACCUGUGCAGCGUCGCAUCGAGCCUCGAUCUGCUGAUGACUCCCUUUCUGGCGUUGUACGCUGCCUCUACUUUGCUGACACAUUCCUUCGAGAUGCAACCCACCACGGGCCCACUAUGUGGGCAGGCACCAACUCGGGCUCUGUAUUUGCCUAUGCACUGGAGGUUCCAGCAGCCACAGCAGGUGGUGAAAAGCGGCCUGAGCAGGCAGUGGAGGCUGUACUGGGCAAGGAGGUACAGCUGAUGCACCGGGCACCUGUGGUGGCCAUCGCUGUGUUGGAUGGGCGUGGCCGUCCACUGCCUGAGCCCUAUGAGGCUUCCCGGGACCUGGCUCAGGCGCCCGACAUGCAGGGUGGGCAUGCUGUGCUUAUUGCAUCUGAGGAACAGUUCAAGGUGUUCACACUACCCAAGGUGAGUGCUAAGACCAAAUUCAAGCUGACUGCCCAUGAAGGCUGUCGUGUGCGGAAGGUAGCCCUGGCUACAUUCGCCAGUGUGAUCUCCGAGGACUAUGCUGAGACCUGCCUUGCCUGCCUCACCAACCUGGGUGAUGUUCAUGUCUUCUCUGUGCCUGGCCUGAGGCCUCAGGUGCAUUACGCCUGUAUCCGAAAGGAGGACAUCAGUGGCAUCGCUUCCUGUGUCUUCACACGCCAUGGCCAGGGCUUUUACUUGAUCUCUCCGUCAGAAUUCGAGCGUUUCUCCCUGAGUGCUCGCAAUAUCACAGAACCACUCUGCUCCCUAGAUAUCAGCUGGCCCCGAAAUGCCACCCAGCCCAGCCAAAGGCUUGAAGAGUCACCGAAGCUGAGCCAGGCUAAUGGGACCCGGAGUAUUAUUCUGGCCCCAGAGAGCUGUGAAGGAAGCCCCAACUCUGCCCACAGCAAGCGAGCUGACACCACAGAAGCACCCGAGGCCACACUCUCACCUGUGUCCAUUGACUCAGCUACGAGUGGGGAUACCACGCUGGACACGACAGGAGACGUCACAGCGGAAUAUGUGAAGGAUUUCCUGGGCUCUCCUGAGGACUCUGAGAAGAGCCCGAGGACCCUGGGAGCAGAUGAGACCCGAGCCUACACUCUUCUGAUUAAAUGAGGUGCUGCGGGGGCAGCCAGGCCUUACCACACAGCAGCUGCCAUUCCUCGCUCCAGCGGGGACCCUGGCAGGGCUCUAAUGCUGUCACUCCAGGAAGACUAGCUGCCAGAGGCUUAGAGACCCACAGUCACGGUCAUCAGUGCUAUGAAGGGGCUGGCCUGUCAGCCUUGAGGUGCUC